AUGAGUCGUAGAUACAGAGGCCACCGAGCAGCUUCGUUUGAACCUGUCGAUAUAAACGAGCUCGUUGAACUACGUGCCCGGCAGCGCACGUUCCAUGGCGCGUAUAGUCGAACAGCCCUAGGCUGCUUGGGAUAUUCCUUGACAAUACUUAGGCUGUUCGACCGCAGAUUCUAUAAGAUUGGCCUACUCUUCGCGAUCCUCGGCGGGCUGAUGUUCGUGCUGUCGUUCCUGCGCGCCCGACAUUCUCGACACGAUUUCGCUGAUUAUAAUGAGGAAGCGAAGGAAGGGGAAACUGAGACUGCCGAGAGCGAUACCAAAGGGCGGCGGCGAGGGAUGCGGGAUGACUCUGAUUCUGACGACGAGAGUAAAUGCGACAUAUACCGCACGUACCAUUACGGCCCCCUCAAAUACCACAACGUCGUGAAAACGAAAGGCCAGACCGGGAAACGAGUGUUCGGGCGCCCGUUCGUUAGUGCGGGAUGGAUCGUGUUGAGCGUGUCGGGUGUGGUGGCAGCGGUUGAGAUUGGCCUGUUGGUUUUGGUGCUGAAGAUGUGA